AUGUCACACGUAGACGCCUCAUCUUCGAUCUUGAUCCUGCAUGAUGAAGCGCUGGAUCCGCUACCGUUCCUCCAGCGCUUGACCUCGAAUGCGUCACUACAGCUGGAGGAGGAGCCAGUGUGGGACAUUGACAACAAGUACUAUACCGCCUCUGUCCGCUUCGACACCGAGGCGAUCAGCCUGCACUCGGAAGCAACGGGGUUGAAGCCGGGCGUACCGGUCAUUCUCUACUUGUUCACUGGCACUCCUCCCAACCCACUACCGCCGUACCUAACCCGGAUUAUCACUUCCGAACCGAGAGAUAUCGCUAUUGCCGUACGCGUCUUGGCUGGACACGCACCAACCGGGAGCGACAACCUGGGCGGCACAGACAAUGAAGGGGAUGAAGUAAGGGACCAGGCGGCACACCAGAACGAGGCAGAAUGGGACGAGGUGGAGGAGAUGUUUUCAGAGCUGGGGAUGGAGGUGAUAGACGAAUGUGCCACGGAUGAUGAGGCUUCACUAGACCCACUGGAGGAAGUACGGAUAACGAUACAAACGCACAUGUGGCCCAAUAUGGUCCGGAAACCGCUCGCUACGCGGACAGCCAUGGAUCUGGACUUUGACGACGACGAGCUGGAAGAAGGGAGCGGAGAAAGCGAAUACGCGGAUGAGCCUUCUGCGGAAUUCGAGACGUCCUUCGCUCGGCCCACAGGGGGACUUUCCCGGGGAGUGUCGGAUACCGAGGGUAUCGACGCAGCCGGGGGAAGCGACGCGGACGAGCAAGCCCUCUGGUCGAAGGAGUGGGAAGGCAUCUCAACGCCAACCCGACUGGCCGCGCAGGCGCAAUUCCCGAGCCUCGAGACGCUCAACCAGCAGCUGGCGGAGACGGCGCGAAUGUUUGCGCAGCUCAAGGUGGAGCGGGACGCGGCGGAGGUGAGGCGGAUGGAGAGGCUUGAGCGGCUCGAGAGGGCUCUGGAGGAGGAUUCUGACGAGGAAUUGGAUGAUGGGGAGGACGAAAGGAGUGGUCUACGAUUUGAGGAGGAGUCAGGUCCGGGGCAAGGGGAAUGGGAGAGGUUGGAGGAUUGGUUGGACGGGGAUGAGGAUGGGCAGGACGAUCCAUGGGGAGGCGAAGGAGGGGGCUAUGAAGCUCUGGACGAUGGCGAAGACGGAAAUGGGGACGAUGAAGGACCGAAGGCGCAAGCAUCUGGAGAGACCGACCGGACAGCACAAGCACCACUCGAGGUCGACGGUCCUUCAUCACCACGGCAUAACCCGGCACUCUCACACGCUUACUCACCAUCACAUCCUGCCUCUUCUGCCACUACAGAUAGCCAUCCACCAGACGGCUUCGAUGACGACUUCUCCGACUUCCAUACCGCGCCUUCCUCGUCCGCUCGCGCGGCCGGCCAACCCAAAGUCCGGCUCAACAAGAAUGGUAUCCCCGCAUCACUACCUAUGGACCCUACACCGUUACUACUGCAUCUGCAGAGCGUACGGGCGGAGCUGGCGGGUGUGCCGGACGAGGACGAGCGGAGGGUCCGGGCGGCGAGGGAGGUGAUGGCUGUCUUGGGGCUGGAGGGGGAUGGGCGGGAUAUGUGGGAUGAGGGGGACGAGGAUGAUGAGCUGGGACGAGAUAUGAUAUGA